CAUAGCCAUUAUGCUAACUGCUGGUCCCCAGGUGUUGGUAUUUCUAACCAUUUAUUAAAGUAUUAAGUUUCCAUCUUAGGUAUCUCAGCCUAGCUAUUUACCAUACUGUUCACCAUAAAUAAGCUUGAUUGGGUGGCUGACAGUCUGGUGCCCCAUUAAAUGAAUAAUUUAAUAAUUUAAUAAUCCUAUUAAAUGGAUCUGUGAUACUGUGCAGUGUGGGCCAUUUGUCCAACAGGACUGGAUUCCUUAGAGUCCCUGAAAGAGCCAACUACUUCAGAUUUAUUGAUGUAGAUCUUCUGCCCCUGCCUGAAUAGAUAUACCCCCAACUCCUGCUGCUUCUCAUGAAUUCACCCCUACCUCCCCACCACUGCAUAAGGCAAAACUAAUAAUGUAGACUCUGGGAGAGGUAAGUUUUCAGAAUAAAUCCAUUCCUUUCUCCCAUCUUAAUAGGUUGUUCUUCACACAUGCAAUGAUGUCACUGUCCCUCAGGAAAGCAGUCUGGUUUUGGAUGUGUUUUUCAUGAGACCGUACAGAGUUUGUGCUGAAUUGUACCCACUUUCUUCUGGUGCAUGCUUUUGAAAGCUAGAUGGUCAUUAGCAGGGUCACCUUUCCCCCUCACCUGCCCAGAGUUUAUAGUUUUUGUUUUGUUUCCUUCUGCUGUUGCUGUUUUUGACUUUAUACUCUUGUGCUACAAAUCCUUGAAGCCUGCUGAGAUGUGAAGAAUUCACCGAUGUUUUUCUGCAGUUAGUGCUAAAAGGACUACAAGUGGGAGAACCUGCUAUUCCCCGAAAGUAAAGGCCUCAUCUACCAGUGGUUCAUAUUUUAUUUCUCCAGUAAAAUGCACAUCCCAUGAGCCAUUGGAUGGCUAGAGCUGAGCUAGAACCAAAAAGCUGUGUAAGAGAUAAAGUCCCAGGGAAGGAUAGGUCACAGUGACUGGACAAUGAGGUCACAGAGAGGUUUGUUUUUCCCAGACUCUAGGGGAAGGGGCCUACCAGGCAGGGGUGAUGUCCCAGAGGUCUCCCCAGCCCAGGCCUGGGACAUGGUGAAGCGGAGCUGCCCAUCUUGUGGCCCAGAGCCUGGGGGUGAAGAGAAGAAGGGAAGAGGAAACCCUUUUUCUGUUCAGUUGUUUCCCCCAGAGCUGGUGGAGCAUAUCAUCUCAUUCCUUCCAGUGAAAGAUGUAGUCUCUUUGGGCCAGACCUGCCGCUACUUCCAGGAAGUGUGUGAUGCAGAAGGCGCUUGGAGACGCAUCUGUCGCAGGCUCAGUCCACGCCUCCGAGAGCAGGGUUCUGGGAUCCGGCCCUGGAAGAGAGCUGCCAUUCUUAACUACACGAAGGGCCUGUAUUUCCAGGCAUUUGGAGGCCGCCGCCGAUGUCUCAGCAAGAGCGUAGCACCCCUGCUAGCCCAUGGUUACCGUCGUUUCCUACCCACCAAGGACCACGUAUUCAUUCUCGACUAUGUGGGGACUCUCUUCUUUCUCAAAAAUGCUCUGGUUUCCUCCACCCUUGGCCAGAUCCAGUGGAAGCGAGCCUGCCGCUAUGUUGUGUUGUGUCGAGGAGCCAAGGAUUUUGCCUCAGACCCAAGAUGCGACACAGUUUACCGUAAAUACCUUUAUGUCUUGGCCACUCGAGAGCAAUCAGGAGUGGUAGGCACAACCAGCAACCGCGCUUGUGACUGUGUUGAGGUCUAUCUGCAGUCCAGUGGGCAACGGGUCUUCAAGAUGACAUUUCACCACUCCAUGAGCUUCAAACAGAUUGUGCUGGUUGGUCAGGAGACCCAGCGGGCUCUACUGCUCCUCACAGAGGAAGGAAAGAUCUACUCUUUGGUAGUGAAUGAAACCCAGCUGGACCAGCCACGCUCGUACACAGUUCAGCUGGCCCUGAGGAAGGUGUCCCGAUGCCUGCCUCACCUGCGCGUGGCCUGCAUGGCUUCCAACCAGAGCAGUACCCUCUACAUCACAGACCAGGGAGGAGUGUAUUUUGAGGUGCAUACCCCAGGGGUGUAUCGUGAUCUCUUUGGAACCCUUCAAGCCUUUGACCCCCUGGACCCGCAGAUGCCACUUGCUCUCUCACUGCCUGCCAAGGUCCUAUUCUGUGCUCUUGGUUAUAAUCACCUCGGCCUUGUGGAUGAAUUUGGCCGAAUCUUUAUGCAGGGAAAUAACAGAUAUGGGCAGUUGGGAACAGGGGACAAAAUGGACCGAGGGGAACCUACACAGGUACAUUAUCCACAACGCCCCAUUUCCCUGUGGUGUGGCCUCAACCACUCCCUGGUGCUGAGCCAGAGCUCGGACUUCAGCAAGGAGCUGCUGGGCUGUGGCUGUGGGGCUGGCGGUCGUCUACCUGGCUGGCCUAAGGGAAGUGCCUCCUUUGUCAAGCUCCAUGUCAAGGUCCCUCUGUGCGCCUGCUCCCUCUGCUCCACCAGAGAGUGCCUCUACAUGCUGUCCAGCCAUGACAUUGAGCACCACCCUGCCUAUCGGGACUUGCCAGCCAGCAGGGUGAUGGGGACCUCCGAGCCCAGCCUGGGGACUGGAGCACCCCAGGACCCUGGGGGGGCGGCCCGGGCCUGUGAGGAGUACCUCAGCCAGAUCCACAGUUGCUCCACGUUGCAGGACCGCAUGGAGAAGAUGAAGGAGAUCGUGGGCUGGAUGCCCUUGAUGGCUGCACAGAAGGAUUUCUUCUGGGAGGCCCUGGACAUGCUGCAGAGGGCUGCUGGAGGGGCUGGCCCAGGCACACCAACCCCUGAGAGCUAACCCCCCUUUCCUGCCUGCACCUCUGGAGGGAGUCUGGGUUUGGAGCAGGGACUAAGGAGAGAUGGAGAGGUGCAAUGAACACUGUGCAUGGGGAGGGUUGCAGGGGUUAGGGACUGCUAGACAUGCCAGGGUAGGGCAGGGAACUGUUUUGUAAAAUGUUCGGGGGGCUGCCCAGGAGGGGCCCCCAACCUGACUAUCAUGGACAAAAGAUUUGACGUACAAGUAGAAUAAAAGACUGAAGCAAG